AUGUCCUCCAGGAAUUUGGUGAUAGGAAUGGUCUUCUUAUCCAAGACUGUAGCUGGAGUCUUUGGAAACUUGUCUGUCCUCUAUCAUUAUCUUUUUCUUUAUUGCAGUGGGGGCAGGUUAAGGUCAACAGAUUUGAUUAUCAACCACCUGCUUGUAGCCAAUUCCUUAGUCUUAUUCUCCAAUGGGGUCCCCUGGACAAUGGCAGCUUUUGGGUGGGAACAAUUCCCCAGUGAUUAUGGAUGCAAACUGCUUUACUACAUUUACAGAGUGGGCAGGGGUGUGUGCAUUGGCAGCACCUGUGUCUUGAGUAUCUUCCAGGUCAUCAUCAUCAGUCCCAGGAACUCCAGGUGGGCAGAGCUUAAAGUGAAAGCUCCCAGGCACAAGCAGCGGGUCCAACACAUCCACAGGACCAGCCUCUCCCCCAGGUCCUCCCCUGAGUCCAGAGCUACCCAAACCAUCCUUCUACUGUUCCACAAUGGUGAUGUGUCCUUCUGGGGGCAUCUAACGGGAGGCACAUGGUAUCAGUUUGUCUCAUCCGGGCUGUUGUUAACUUCACUCACCUAUAGUGCUCUCUGCCAGAUUUCGCCACUGGAACCUUCGUUAUGUGUCUCCUCGUGAUUAUUAAUUGUCUUGAAGGAUUUUAUGAGCUUAUGUGCAUAAGUUUUUGUGCAUAAGCUGCCAUGUUUAAUCUGGAAACUCCACUUUCUUCCUUAGAUUCUGUUUGUUUGUAAACAGGUUUGGAAAAUAAAGGCUUUUACCUUUGCUUACUGGAGAUAUUGCCUUUUG